UAAUUUAAUGUAUACGCCGUGGAUGCUAAAUUAGAAAUUUUCGUGAUAUUUAGUACAUUUAAGUCAUAUUCACAUAUUAUAAGUUCAGUUUAUGGUGUUCUCUGUUCUUAUUGGUUUUUGUUUUAGUUGGGUGCCACUAAAAAUAUGUUUAAAUAAAACAAAUUCAUUACAGAAUAAUAGCUACAUCGUUUUCCAAAUCAGUUAAUAUUUAUACUAUUUUUAAUACAUUUUUACAUACCUAGCUAAUAGCUAUAAUACCUAUAAAUAUGUGAUACGUGGUGUAUUACAUAUAUUUGAUUUACAAACCCAGUUAAUAACGUAUAAGUUUGGAAAUAUUUUAGUAAAUAUAUAGUAUUAUAAAUUAUUACUAAAUGAUAUCGAGAGUUUGAGACAAUGUUAUAUACGAGGUGAGAUGAGGAACAUCAAAAGAUUACAGACCUGCGUCCGAUACAGAGUCCUAAGGUUAAACUAUAUACAUAAAUAUAUUAUAAUGUUAAUUUAAUCAACUGAUUACAUAACACAGAGUGCAACAAAGUAUAAUACACAUUUUAAUUGUUUAUAAAAUUAUAUUACAUUGUAUGCUUAAACACAAUAUGUGUAUUCUACAUUGGUAAGUGCUGGUAGCUGCAACAUUGUUAACAUUUAAAUUUAGUUCAGUUAACAUUGAUAUCAAUAUGUAUAAACCAGUUUUUCUUAUUCUAAUUUUGAGUUUUGUUACACAACUAACCAUUUGUAAUGAAAGACCAGUGAUUGGAAUACUAACACAAGAAGUUUAUUGGUCUAGUGUUUACGAUUUAAAACCAUCUAAUUACUCGUAUAUAGCUGCAUCUUAUGUUAAAGCAAUUGAAGCUUCUGGAGGAAGAGUUGUACCAGUUUUUACCAACAGAACUACUGAAUAUUACAAGGAUGUAGUGAAAAAAGUAAAUGGUAUUUUGGUCCCUGGAGGAGGAAGUGCGUUUGAUAUUAGUUUUGGAAUAAGUCAAUCGACAAAUGAAAUUUUUCACAUUUCCAAACAGAUAAAUGAUGAUGGAGAUCAUUUUCCAAUACUUGGAAUUUGUCUAGGAUUUGAACUUCUUCUAAUUGCAUCCAUUGAUGGGAAAAACCCUCUAACACACUGUAAUUCUAAUGACAUGAAUUUACCUCUAAAUCUAAUACCAUCAAUGGAAGAAAAAAGUGUGUUAUUCAAAACAAUGCCAAAGGAUGUUCGGAAUAUACUACUUACAGAACCAGUUACAGCUAACCAUCAUUCAAAGUGUAUAACACAACAGAACUUUACAUCAAUGAAGUUAGAUCAAUUUUGGAACUCUAUAACAGUCAAUAAAGAUUCAAAUAAUUUGACAUUCAUAUCCAUAACAGAAGCAAAAAAUUAUCCUUUCGUGGGAUUACAAUUUCAUCCAGAAAAAAAUGCAUAUGAAUGGGAAAAAAAUGACCCUCAUAGUUGGUCAGCAAUAUAUUCAGCACGCUAUUUUUAUGAUUGGUUUGUCAAUGAAUGUCGUCAAAAUAACCAUAGAUAUAUCAACAAUAGUACACUAAAAAAUGAAUUAAUUUAUAAUUACCCCACUACAUAUGUAGGAAAGUUAAACUAUACUUUUGAAGAAGUAUACUUUUUUAGUGAAUAAAAAUUAAUUUUCGCUUUAAA